AGUUUCAUUUGCAUUCAAAGAACAAUAUCUUUUCUAUUGAAAUACAUUUAUCUUAGAAAGAGUAGUUGUGUUGUGUCACAGUGUUGGUGAAAAAAUAAUAAAAAACAGUUUGAUAUGGCAACUCGUAGGUAUGCUUUUGGAAGAGCUGAUGAGGCUACACAUCCAGAUUCUAUUAGAGCUACCAUAGCUGAAUUUGCUUCUACUUUCAUCUUUGUCUUUGCUGGAGAAGGCUCUGGCCUUGCUUUGGUUAAGAUUUACCAAGAUUCAGCAUUCUCAGCUGGUGAACUGUUGGCAGUUGCACUUGCACAUGCAUUUGCUCUAUUUGCUGCUGUGUCUUCUAGCAUGCAUGUAUCUGGUGGCCAUGUCAACCCAGCAGUGACAUUUGGUGCUCUCGUAGGUGGCAGAAUCUCUGUGCUUCGUGCUGUCUACUAUUGGAUUGCUCAACUUCUUGGUGCUAUUGUGGCUGCUCUCUUGCUUAGGCUUGUCACUAAUAAUAUGAGACCAGCAGGGUUUCAUGUGGGACAUGGUAUAGGAGCAGGGCAUGGACUUAUACUUGAGAUUAUCAUGACAUUUGGGCUAAUGUACACAGUAUAUGCAACAGCAAUUGAUCCCAAAAGAGGUACUAAUGGUGCCCUUGCACCUUUGGCAAUUGGACUUAUUGUUGGUGCAAAUAUCCUUGUUGGUGGACCAUUUGAUGGUGCAUGCAUGAACCCUGCUCUUGCUUUUGGUCCUUCUUUGGUGGGUUGGAGAUGGCAUUACCACUGGAUCUUCUGGGUUGGUCCAUUCAUUGGUGCAGCAUUGGCAGCACUGAUAUAUGAAUAUAUUGUGAUCCCAACUGAGCCACCUCAUGCACACCAGCCUCUGGCUCCUGAAGAUUACUAGUUAAUUACUUUUGUCUGUCAAUGUGUGUGUUAUUAGUUUCUUUUGUUGUUCAUUAAUAUAUAAGGGUAUGUUUGUUUUGUUGUAUCAUUUUGUUUGUAACGCUUUUCUGGUUUUGUUUUCAUUGAGCUACUGCCUAUAUGCAUUUUUAAUUUUCAACUGUUUUUGAGCUUAUGUGUAGCUGUGUUGUAUUAUGUGAUGCAAAUAUUGAAUAAAAUGAGAUAACUGGAAAUAUAUU